AUGCCUGUAGGACUCGUUCAAGCGGUCGCUCGGGUGGUGUUCAUCAUCGUCCUGCUCUGUUUUCCCACGUCAAGAACCGUCAAUGAUCAGGACAUGGACUGCACUGUCGCGAUUUGCUGGCGGCUCUUGGUAGUGUCGGUAAAAAAAAGUGGUUUAUUGGAGCGCUCCCUUCACGUUCUCGCGGCGUCUGACUUUCCGUCUGGUCUCACAGAGUACAGAUUCGUCCAUCAUAAUUCUCCCGUAGGCAGACCACAAGACACGACCUCUUUGACGGGUGGGGACCAGUCGUAUAAGGGUGCUCAGUACGGGCGAAGGCUGAUACGAUCGAACGGCCGCGACUCAGAGCGCAAGACACCUGAAUAUGCAGAAUUGGGCAAUCUGCAGGCAUUGCGGAACCCGGACUCGGUGACCAGCUAG